AAUUGGAUAGAAACUGGCUUGACUUUCUCAUUCGAUUUCACUCAAAGUCUUUCUGAUAAAAACCUCAGCUUUAAAUAUUCCCCAAUUCUUAGGGUUUUUAAUUUCCUUUUACUUUCCUCCCAAUUCAACACCCAUCAGGAAAUAAGUCAUUCACUGCUGUCUGAAGAAAAUUGAAAGGCAUGCGGGCAAAGCCUAAAAGUUCAAAUCAAUUGGAGCCUGAUCCACAUACCAUUCCACCAGGGACUUAUUGUGAACCUUGGUGGCGUAAUACUGGAUAUAAUACAAUCCCACCAGCUGGGGCUGGGGUGAAUCCAUCGAAUACAUCUUCAUUGGAAGGCCCUAAUGGUUCAGAGUCAAAUGAUGGUCCAUCAAUGUCCAAUGAUGGAGUGAAUGAGGAAGAUGAUGAUGCUAACAAGGAAUCACAAAAUACUGCAUCUUCACUAUCAGUUGGACAAGAGCACCAGAAUACGCAGCAAGGUGCAUCAACUAUCCCUACAAUGCCUAAUGAAUGCUUCCAACAGCCUCCGCAGCUUGAACUUGUGGGUCACUCCAUUGCUUGUGCUUCAAAUCCUUAUCAGGAUCCAUAUUAUACCGGAAUGAUGGCAGCUUAUGGACAUCAACCUAUGGGUUAUCCUCCUUUUGUGGGAAUGGCUCAUGCUAGAAUGCCGUUGCCCCUCGAGAUGGCCCAAGAACCUGUUUAUGUGAAUGCAAAGCAAUACCAGGGGAUUCUGAGGCGAAGACAGGCACGUGCCAAGGCAGAGCUUGAAAGGAAGCUGAUAAAAAUUAGAAAGCCAUAUCUUCAUGAGUCUCGACACCAGCAUGCCAUAAGAAGAGCAAGGAGUACUGGAGGACGCUUUGCAAAGAAAACUAGUGUUGAUGAUUCCAAGGCAGGUGGAGAGAAGAGUAGUUGUUCAGGGCCAGUUAGAUCAUCUCAGUCUGGAAGUUCUUCAGGAUCUGAACACUUGCCAUCUGACUCUGCUACAAGUCAACAAGAUGCAAGAGGGUCCCAAGUACAUGACACUCAUGAACCUAAAAAUCAUGUAACUGGCAAUGCCUGCUACCAGAACAGUGGUGGCUUGCAGGUGUCGACAUACCAUUCACGUGUAAGCGAUAGAGGGGAUGAUGGAGACUGUUCAGGCCAGCAAUGGGGAAGCAUCUCCUCUAACGAGGCUUCACAGAGGCCUCUUGCCAUUCAGUGAAACCCUCUGCGGGCAAGGUGGGUGCCAAGAUGUAAGAUUUAGACCCCACUGAUAUAAGAUAGAGAAGGGUAACUUCUUGGUUGUCUGGUGACCACUCUUGGCUAUUCAUUGCUAGGCGGCAAUUCAUUCUUGGCUUUGUUCUUUGGCAUGGAUUGUGGGUGAAUGUGGAGAAGAGAUGAAUGCUUCUGUUUUGUACAGUGAUAAUGUUGGAUGAAACUCAACUAGAAAUAGUUUGUGGAGUAACUUUGAACAAACAAGCAAACAGCAAUCCUUUUUUAGUGAAACUAAAACAAAAGGUUUUAUCCUCUGUACUUAAAAUGUUGUCAAAGUGUUAAUGGGGUGACAGCAUUGACUGAAUUCGUGUGGCAUUGGUGGUGGUGACUUGAUCAAAUUACCUUUCUGCUA